GAUACAUACAUCAGGCUUUUGGUGGGAAAAUGAGUUCGCAUCCACGUACAUUUAACUUAAAAUUACUGUAAAAGCAUUGAUAUGUACUUUCUGGUGUUUGCUAUAAUCCCAAAGUAAGCGGCUAUGUGUCAAGUACAUAACUGUGUGAAAGAUUUAUGCGUAACAGCCCUUUGUUCACUCUGCCUAUUGUUUGCUAGCAUGCUAUCACGUUAGCCAGCAGUUUGUCGGACGUUGACUUGCAACAAAGUAAUUUUUUUGCUACAGUCACUGCCAUUGAAAGUAUUUAACAGUUUUGUCGUGCUAGGUCGUUACGAUAACGCUUUGCGGAAAGCCAAGCGGUUGGUUGUUUUAUUUGACUUCACAUAAGCUGAUACACCAGUGUUAAACCAGUCAGGAGUCCACAACAACAUGCCAGAAAUCAAACUCAAGCACGUUGUGUCUUGCACCACCGAGGACACUACUCACAAAGCAGACAACCUGCUGAGCUCUGACACCUACAGAAAGUGGAAAGCAGCAAGAUCCGGGGAGAAGCAGACAUCAGUAAUUUUACAGUUCGAGAAGGAGGAGCAGGUGCACAGCAUCGAUAUCGGAAAUGAAGGCUCAGCUUUCAUUGAGGUGUUAGUCGGGAACUCUUCAGCUGUCAAAGACCAGGACUAUGAGGUUCUGUUGGUUACGUCUUCCUUUAUGUCCCCCACGGAGAGCCGUAACGGCACCAACAUGAACCGGGUGCGUUUCUUUGGGCCCAACCAGCUGCAGAAGAGCACGGCACAGGAGAAGUGGGACAGAGUGAAAAUUGUAUGCAGCCAGCCAUACAGCAAAAAUAUAGCAUACGGACUGGCCUUUGUCAAGUUCCAUUCACCGCCUGACAAAAACGAUCCUCCUCCAACAGCUUCCCCAAAACUGACAAAGCUGGGGCAGUUCAGGUUGAAGGAUGAAUCUGCUUCAUCCGGGUCCAGCCUACAACCUGGCAGUCUUUUCUUCAAUCGGGACAAUGCAACAAAGUCCAGUUCUUCACUCAAAGUGUCUCCUCAGAGUGACAAGUUGAGUUACGCUGCUGCUGCCCUGCAGGCUGGUGGCAGCUCCCACACGUCAGGUCAAGCUUCCUCCCCCAGCUCUGACUCACCACAGCGACCAGCAAAGAGGAAAUUUGAGUUCAGCAAAGAGCGGCAGUCUGCCUCCGGCCCUCCUCCCUUGAAGAAAACAAGCCCAGCUGGUUCACCUGAGGGCAAAGCUGUGACACCCAAACCCAAACCCAAUCCAGCGAGCACUCCCAGCCCCAGCACCUCAAAAGCCUCACCAGCACAGAAGUCCGCUGACAAGAAGAGGGAGAGUCAGUCCAAACCUGAGCCCAAACCCAAACAACAGAAAUCCAAAUCCCAGAGUGCACAGCAAGUUCCAUUCAACCGGAUGAUGGAGGGGGUGGUGUUUGUCCUUAGCGGCUUCCAAAACCCCUUCAGAGGGGAGCUCAGGGAAAAGGCUCUGGACAUGGGAGCCAAAUACCGGCCUGACUGGACACCCGACUCAACACACCUUAUCUGUGCCUUCGCUAACACCCCCAAGUACAGCCAGGUGAAAUCAGCAGGGGGCAUCAUCGUACGGAAGGAAUGGGUGAUGGACUGCCAUAAGAGGAAACAGAAGAUCUCCUACAAGCGGUAUUUGAUGGAUGGAGCAGAGUCAAGCUCAGAGAGCGAAAUGGAGGAGGACGACCAAAGUGAAGAGGAAAUGUACACAAAGACUCCACAGAAACAGGAGAGACAACCCCAAAAAGUCACCCCCAAAAAGACACCAGAAAAGAGGAAUGAAGAUGAUGAGUAUGCCGGCUCCACUGAUGUAGAUGAACCAGGAGGUGACGAUGAUGAUUCUGCUGUAGACACAGAAGACGAGCUUCAGAGGGUGGAGAAUGAGAGCAGACAGAAGAAAGCAGCAGCACAGGGGAAGGUGGUGAAAGAGGAGGAUCCAUAUGGGGGAUCGACAGAUGAAAACACAGACGCUGAAGCUGAAGAGGAUCAUCCCAUCCCUGAUCUACCAGACUUCCUGACCGGAAAGCACUUUUUCCUCUAUGGUAAAUUCCCCAACAAUGAGAGGCGCCUACUGUUGCGGUACAUCGUUGCCUUUAACGGGGUGAUGGAGGACUACAUGACGGAGAAGGUGCAGUUUGUGGUGACCAGCGAAGGGUGGCAUGACUCCUUUGAGGACGCGCUGAUGGAGAACAGCAAUCUGAACUUUGUCAAACCUGCUUGGAUUUACGCAAUCAAUGAGCGACAAAAGAUGCUUCCCUAUCAACCCUACUCUGUCGUCCCCUGAACAAUAUACUGUAUUUAUACACAAGGUUGUGUGCAGACACACUGACACACUUGACAUCCUGAUGAAGAAGCAACGGGUAAAGCCAUAGACAUAUUUUUUGUUUGUUUUUUUUUUCCUUCAGAUUCACCACUUCACGUAGAAGAAGCAAUAACCCGACUAUAUUAUGUUGACUUUAGACUUGCUAUUCAUGAAAUGUCUUGAGUCCUUGAUGCUUUCAUUACAGAUGUUCCUACCUUUUGGCCAAGCUAGAGAAACAUGUCUAUUUAAAUGGUGUGUGUUAAAGUUAUUGUUAGGAUUAGGUUUGGAUUUAUGAUUAGCUUUUUACCUGAAGGUUGUUAGUCUCAGCUUGGCCACAAAGUAACAUCCUCAUCAGUGUGCCGCUCAGCCACUUUGGCCUUUUGAACAAAGCACACACACUCUCUCUCUGAUUCAGGACUUGUUUGAAUUUCUCAGUUCCUGCGCUGCAGUUUGCAGCCACUCACCUCGGCUACCUCAGGCUCUGUCUGGAAAUGAGUUAUCACCAUGUCCUGACUGCCAGCGGUGCUGAUAAGACUCUGACUUGUGUAAGUGGAGCGGCAGAGUUUUAUGAGACCAGCCCAAAGUCAGGUGAAAGGUGCCAGUUAUUUAAGGCUGCAGCCACCAAAUUUGAAAAAUCAGGACAGCUUAAUUCAAGAAAUGAACGCAAAUGCGGCGGAACUGUUUUUGUUUUUUUUCUCCUUUUUAUUUUAUUAACUGCUGUGAGUGGUAAAGUGAUGGAUUUCUGUGUGUAUAAGUUUGAUAAAUCUGAGUUUAUGAUUUGAUUUUAUUCAUGUCUGUGGAAUAAGUACUGCAAGAGAUGAACUGGCUCGACAAAUGAGAGGACGUAAAACAGAUGUCAGUGUUUUGCGUAACUCAAAUUUUCCAAAUUGCCUAUUUAAGUCACGAGGAAAUGUUGGGCUUUUUGUCUGUUUUGUCUGCUUGCUUGUAUAAAAGCAGUUUGUUUAAGUCUCUUUCUUUUUUUCUUACAGUUCUUAAUUAUUUUGUCUAAAUAAAAAAAAUAGAUUUUUAA